UGGGCCAAGUAGCUGAUAGGCGCGCACAUCUCAGGAGCCACGACACUACAGUUGCCACCGCCUUCCGUCGUGACCAGGCCACGUCUCGCCCAUGCACGGAGACACUGCCACGGCCUCCCACGUCGCACGCUCACACCACCCCCUGCCCAGCUGCUUAUCAAGCGCCACCACUUCCCAAACCACAACCCGCGCGAGGACCGGGGAGGCAAAUAUUCUAGCUACGGGCAUGGCGGUGGCGACUGCUCGGUGGCUCCUUCUGCUGCUGGCCAUCUCGGCCGCGGCCGCGGCCGCGGCAAACGAAAGAUGGAGGCAGAGCAGUGCUGUCGGUGGCCAGGUGGUCGAGAAGGAGAGGCGGAGGGUGGUGGCGGCAAGUGAGGCCGGCACGGUUACGGCCGUGGACGUCGCCGACGCGGCGGGAACGGUGUACCGGCUGCACUUCAUCACGAUGGAUCCCGGCGCGCUGUUCCUGCCCGUUCAGCUGCUCGCUGACAUGGUGUUCUACGUUCACAGUGGGCGGGGUAAAAUUACUUACAUAGAAGAAGGGAGCAGUGAACAAAGUUCCCUGGCGGUGGAGAGAGGAGAUGUCUACAACUUGGAGCAGGGCACCAUCUUGUACAUCCAGAGCUACCCCAAUGCCACGAGACAGCGUCUUCGGAUCUAUGCCAUCUUUACUAGCGAGGGCAUCAACGCAGAUGACCCCUCGAAGCCGACGGUGGAAGCGUAUUCCAGCGUCAGCAACCUGCUCAAAGGAUUUGAAAUCGAAGUUCUUCGACUGGGUUUUGGGGUUCAACGAGAAGUGGCAGAAGCGAUCAAAUCGUCGAGGACCCCGCCAUCGAUCAUACCUUACAACCCAGAGGAGAAAGAGGACCAAGAGAAUUCCAACUGGAAGGAGGACAUCGUUGAUGCGCUGUUGAGAGUCCGAGACCCGGAGGAGUUCCUGAACAAGAAGAAAGACAAGCACAAGCACAAGGGCAAGGACAAGAAGUCCAAGAGCAAGACGUUCAACUUCUACUCCGGCAAGCCCGAUGUCCAGAACUGCUACGGGUGGAGCAGGUCGAUGACCAACAAGGACCUCGACACCCUGCACGGAUCCAAUAUUGGCAUGUUCAUGGUGAACCUGACCACGGGUUCGAUGAUGGGGCCUCACUGGAAUCCGAAGGCGACGGAGAUCGCCAUUGUGACCGACGGUGAAGGGAUCGUGCAGACGGUUUGCCCAAGCAGCAGCCUAUCGGGUGAGAGCAGGGGAGGCCACCGUGGCCACGAGUGGGGUGAACCGGGUGGCCGUGGCGAUGAGGACGAAGGCGCCCGGUGCAGGAACUCGGUGUUCCGGGUGCAGGAAGGCGACGUGUUCGUGGUGCCGAGAUUCCACCCGCUGGCGCAGAUGUCGUUCAACAAUGACUCGUUCGUUUUCGUCGGGUUCAGCACCGACAUGGGGCAGAACCAUCCGCAGUUCCUAGCGGGAAAGCAAUCGGUGCUGCAUGCCAUUGGCAAGGAGGUGCUCGCGCUGUCGCUGGGCCAGGAGAACUCCUCCGCCGUGGAGCAGCUGUUGUCCGCGCAGCGCGACUCAACCAUAUUGUCGUGCAUUUCGUGCGCCGAGGAGUUGGACCAGAAGGCGGCGGAGGAGGAGCGGAGACGGCGGGAGGAGGAAGAGGGGGGAGGGACGGGACCGGGGGAGCGAGAGGAGGAAGAGAGGAGAGAGCAGGAGGAAAGGGGGAGGAAGGAGCGAGAGGAAAAACAAGAGAGGGAGGAGGAGGAGAGGGCGAGGAGGGAGCAAGAGGAGCAGCAGAGGAGGGAGAAAGAGGAGAGGGCCAAGAGGGGGCAAGAGAAGCAGCAGAGACAGGGGGAAGAGGAGACGGAGCACAAGGAGCAGCAGAGGAGGAAGCAAGAGGAGAGGGCCAAGAGGGAGAAAGAGAAGCAGCAGAGGGAGGAAGAGGAGAGGGAGCACGAGGAGCGGCAGAGGGAGAAGGAAGAGUGGGCAAGGAGACAACAAAACGAAGAAGAAAGAGCGAGGAGGAAGGAAGAGCGGAGGCAGCGGGAGGAGGAAGAGGGUGGUGGCGGAGGUGGAGACGAGCCGGAGAGGGAAGAGGAGGGUGAGGGAGGCGACGAUCGCUUGUCCAAAAAACUGAAGAAGCUCUACCGUGUCAGCAAGGGAGGCGUGUUCAGUAGUGGCUGA